AUGUACACCCCUAACCAUCACGAUGUUCCUGUGGGCGCUCUUCUUGAUCGCUUUGACAGCGUCGUAUCUGAUCUUCCAGAGCUUCGUCGAUUCCGGAAGCUAGUACUUCACGGCGUCAUGGGGCAGAAUCCAGUGGGAGAAUCAGUUGUUGAAUUCGACCCAGAUCCACCGCGGCGGCGGAAUGUCGGUGCUGGUAACCGGCGCGGCUGGGUUGCUGGUGUCGGAGGAGAAUUGGAAGGAGGAUGCGUUUGGUUUCGGGGAAGAAGGGGAUAA